UAUAUAAUAUAUAGGCCCAUUAGUGCUAGUGACGCGUGCUGAAUAAUCACCGCUCUGUCAUUUAGGCUCUUCUCUUGCAUAAAGCUACCGUUUAGUAACGUUACAAUAUGUGCAGUGUAAGAUCAUCAUGUUCUCUUCGCCGUAAAAUAACAGGCUGGGUCAGGCGUGACGUCACCGGCUUCGUGCGUUCAACAUCACUGCGUUCCUGCUGUGCGUCUGAUCUAUUAUCUAUAUGCAAACUAACUGAACCUUUAAUACCACACAAAAAACAGCAGUUAUUCAAAUGCAUGUGGGAUCACCUUGAGAAAGACGACUCUUUCAGUUGUUUUUCAGCUGUUUAAUAUGUCUAUCAUGUUUGGAUGACUGUGUCUCAAGCUUAAUUGUAAAAGCUUUGUCCGCACUGGAGGCCUGUGAGAGACAUUGAUCAGAUGGAAACACUGAAUCACAUGGAUAUUUUAUGUGACAGAUCUCAGGGGCAAAGGUGGAUACUGGCCUCGCUUCACAUGUGUGUGCAUUCAGGAGAGACGGACGCCUGCUGGGAGCGUCUUUAAUAACCAGAGAUGUGCCACUUAACAAGUGAUUUCACAACUACAGAUCCGACACCUGGCUCUGGUUCCUGUGGAUGCCUGUCCUCUCCAGCUGACUGAAUAUGGCAAAGAAAGACUAUCUGCUAGAUGCAGCCCAACAGAUUCGAAUGGCACUGGACCGAGAAGUCAAUGAAGACUAUGAGGCGGCAUUCAGCUACUAUAAGAAUGGGGUUGAUCUGCUGCUCAAUGGAGUUCAAGUGGAUCCAAAUAAAGAGAGACGUGAAGCCGUGAAACGGAAGACCACUCAAUAUCUGAAGAGAGCCGAGGAGAUCUUCAUCUCUUACUUACAGGACAACAUUGCUAAAGGAUCCACUCAUUUAGGAGGUUAUAGUAGCUUGCGCUUUCGAUCAAUCAGACAUCUAAGUUCACCAGUGGAGAAUCUAGCAAAGUGCAAAGUCGUUGGAAUCAUUGAUAAGGUACUGACGGUUGAAAGUCUGACAAGCAAGGAGACAUUUAUCGUUAAGAGUUUACCAAAGUCGAGCUGGGAGAGUCGUGAGAGGUCAACCAUCAUUCCUCAGGGAGUGCCCUUCAUGGUGAAGCUGCUAAAAUAUUACGUCAGUGAAGACACUGUGUUCCUUCAUCUAGAACAUAUUCAAGGUGGAAGACUCUUUUCCAGACUCCACAGGGUCAGAAGUGAAGCAGUCAGGGAGCAUCCAGAGUGCUUCAGCCCCAACCAGCACAAAAUCUAUCUGAAGAAUAGCUACACCCUCCCUGCUCUCCGUCAGGAGAUUUACCUCAAUGAGAAUUAUGGGAGAAUUAAACCUCUUGAGAGUACAGGCAGCCCAACUAAACAUUGUCUUGAGAACUGUACAACUCACUCCUACUGUGAAGAUUCAGGACACCAACAGGGGGGUUCUCUAGGUUUGUAUGCAACAAGGACAGAUAAUGAGCUUCCUUCUGUUGGUCUGCCCAAUGGUCUCAAGUCUUUAACUCAGGAUAAUAUUCCUCUUCCCAUUCAUCCCUGUGUGAUUGUGGACACCCGGGAUCCUCUUGAUGUCACUUCGGACCUUCUAGGAAAUGAUGUUCGCAUUGAGCGCAUUGACUCCUGCAUAGAUCUGAACAAAGCUUGGAAUGCUUUGGAACCUGCUCAGGACUGUCUGAGUUUCACAGUACCAGAAUCAAACUCAGAUAUUCUAGGAUUCAGCAUUGCAUCUCAGAUUACUACAGCCUCUUUAUUCGGUGAAAAUGCACAACCAACCCUUUGCAGCACGGUUGAUGUUCUUCCACAGAGAGUGCGAAUAGUUCCCAACACGUCACAUUUACCUCCACAAAACCAAGCAUGUGAUGGAUUUCCUCAAAAACAAGGUGUCACUAGCUGUAAACACAGUGGAAAUGAACAGAUUUCACAGUUCAUGGCUGAACUGAGCAAAGUCAGUUCGCAUCGCAAUCCAUUUGAAUGUACACCUCAAAAACAAGAAAGUAUCUCUUUAGACUUUACAAAGAUGACUUCUCGGGUAAACACUGUUGAAAUGGUGAGGGAGGUUGGGAAUGAGGACAUGGAGAACUGGCAGUUCUUCAAAUCUUCAUCUAAACAACCACAAGUUGGCAUGAUCUCCCGCCUGUCAGCACCUACCACAAACAGUUCCUGUUGGAGUGAGACUGAACUAGAGCAGAAGGUAAAGGUGGACGGCUUGGGCCAUCACCCCCAAAUUAAGGUCAAGAACUUCAGUGCCAAAUCGAAGUGGGGUAGAUGGGGACUCCCUGAGGAUGAGGUGCGACUGUGGGGGGCUCAGAUUCUGUUAGCUUUGGAAAGUCUUCAUGAGCAGGGCAUUGUGUGCCAGGACCUCAACCCACGAAAUAUUCUACUCCGUAAUUCUGGGGAGGCAUGUCUUACGUACUUUGGACUGUGGACAGAAGUUCAGCCCGAAAUUAACCCAAAAGCAAUGGAAGAGAUGUACUGUGCACCAGAAAUUGGAGGUGCGUCGAAAAUCACUGAGGCGUGUGAUUGGUGGAGUCUUGGAGCUUUACUAUAUGAGCUUCUUACUGGCACGCCCCUGUGGCAGUGCCACCCUACAGGCGUUCAGCCUCAUACUCCGCUCCAUAUCCCAGAGUUCCUCAGCACUGCAGCCGCUUCGCUUCUCACAGAGCUGCUCCAGUUUGAUGCGUGUUAUCGUCUGGGAUCAGGAGGCGGUGGAGUGAGCGACAUCAAGUGUCAUCCCUUCUUUAACUCCAUCCCGUGGCUUACACUCGACAGUUCACUGACGCCGUAGUGCCUUCUGAAAGUAUUCAUCCCCUCCGUUUGUUUCUGCCUGCCACACCUCCAGAUAUUAAAGACGAGCACAGGUUUUCAUUCUGAGUCUGAAUUUCCCCUCUUUUUUUUUUCAAGAGCACAUUUAUGAAUGUUUACCACCCUGAAAAUAUUUCACAAUGUUGUGAAUCUUUAUUUGGCCGUAAUGCAUAAUCCAUAAUAUGUUAAUCCGAACACGAACUAAGAGUUUUUUUGAAAGUGCAGAUAUCAAUAUUUCAUUUUCAGCAUCACUUGUGGAAGUGUAAAACAACUAUAUUUUAAUUUGAUGGGCAGAAACAAUGAAAGUGGGUGAAUCUUUCGAGAAGCUCUGAAAGAUCACAGAGUUAAAAAGUCCCAAAGACCUCUGGACAGGAGGAUCUGUGGUUCAUUGUUGUGCUAUUACCACCAUCUGGUGGCAGCAGGAGUAAUUUCUCCACAUCAGCAGUUUUCUACAUGCUUGCAGUUAAAUCAGUUGUCUUCAAAUGUCUGGAAAAUGAAGUUCUUUGUCCCAGUUUUCCUCACUUCGUACAGAAAUUGACCUGCAUGAAGCUGCAGAAAGCAGACGGGUCGAUCGGCGCACAUUUGGGGCAUUAUUACUUUGCACAAAUGCAAUAUUAAUGAACACCAGUCAUGUGUUCUGUCAUCUCCAUUUCUUAUGCAUUUGCAUUUAAUAAAAUCACUCAUUUCUUACUA